UCCCGCACCCGCCCGCCCGCUGCGGCGCGACACGGCACGGCAGGGCACGGCACGGCGGUGCGUGGCCGGAGGCGGCGGGAGCUCCCGCUCGGCCCGGAGCUGCCGAGUGCCUUGUUGCCUUGUGAAAGAGGUACAAAAUGGCUUACAGUGUGACUCUGAAUGGACCUGGACCCUGGGGCUUCCGACUGCAAGGGGGCAAGGACUUCAACAUGCCCUUGACGAUCUCCAGAAUCACCCCUGGCAGCAAGGCAGCACAGUCACAGAUGAGCCAAGGGGACCUUGUGGUAGCCAUUGACGGAGUCAACGCUGACAGCAUGACCCACUUAGAGGCCCAGAACAAGAUCAAGUCAGCCACCCACAACUUGAGCCUCACCCUUCAGAAAUCUAAACGUCCAGCGCCGGUUUCAGCCACAGCUCCCAGAAUUGACUCUCCCAGGGUUGUAAUUCCCCACCAGAAGGUCAUAACCAACACUGCUGCCAACACGGAGCCCACGGAGCGUUUCAACCCCAAUGUCCUGAAGGACUCUGCCCUGUCUACGCACAAACCCAUUGAGGUGAAAGGCCUGGGCGGCAAGGCUACUAUAAUUCACGCCCAGUAUAACACCCCGAUCAGCAUGUAUUCCCAAGAUGCUAUCAUGGAUGCAAUUGCAGGCCAGGCACAAGCCCAGGGUGGAGAAUUUGCUGGUACCCUUCCUAUUAAAGACCCUCACAUAGACAGUGCCUCCCCGGUCUAUCAGGCUGUGCUUAAAACUCAGAACAAACCUGAGGAUGAAUCCGAAGACUGGAGCCGCCGCUCUGCCAACCUGCAGUCUAGGUCUUUCCGCAUCCUUGCCCAGAUGACUGGAACGGAGUACAUGCAAGAUCCAGAUGAAGAAGCCCUGAGGAGGUCAAGAGACAAGGAAAAUGUCGCUGCAGCAUCAGAAAACAGGCCUACAGCUACUACCCAUGCGCCACAGUACGUGACCUCAAGUACUUGGCAUCCUCCUAAGUCAGGCACCACGGAUGCCAACACUAAGCCAGUGGCCUCCAAGGGGUCUCUGAGGCUUGGAGCGGGUACAAGCCAGAGGGAGGCCAGUUUCAGCACUACUGGCCAGAAAGUCCCUCUUGCUUCAUCCAGUAAUCAAAGUACCCCUGUUGAGCAUGUUCCGGUGUCUACCAGUUCUGCCUCUGCUCCUGCACCACAUGCUUCAGCACAUCAGCCUGCUACUGCUGCUCAAAAUACAGCCAGCCUGAUGACACCACCAGCAACCACCUCAGUAGUGCAAGAGUCUUUCUCAUCCUCCUUCCAAAGAGUGCUUGCAGCCCCCAGCUCUCUUUCACAGUCUAAGCCUUUCCAUGGGUCCAAGAACAUGUCAUUAGCAGCUUCUACUAUCUCAUCUGCUAUCUCAUCUCAGUCUAGUUUCAACCGGCAUUCUUCCACCUCCAUCAACUACCAGUCAAAGAGAAACACAAGCCAGUCAUAUACACCAGUCCCAGUAUCUGGAAGCUACGGUGAAAUUCCUGCUGCUUCUGCUACUUCAAAACAGAGAGUUGUUACUACUGCCAGCAUAAAGCCCUCUGUCUACCAGCCAGCACCAGCACCAGUUCAUUCCUACACCCCUGCCAAUGCUGAGCCUGCAAGCCGUCCUCCCUGGGUAACAGAUGACUCCUUUUCCCAGAAAUUUGCACCCGGAAAAAGCACCACCACUGUCACAAAGAACAUCCUACCAAGGAGUGGUCCAGCACCAUCUCCUGCCCCAACAUCUGUGUAUCCAUCUCCAGUUUCAACUUCUUCCCAGGCUCCUGCAAUAGCCCGGGGAACAGUACAGAGGGCUGAGCGUUAUUCAGCCAGCAGCCGAACGCCUCUCUGUGGGCACUGCAACAACAUAAUUCGGGGUCCUUUCCUGGUAGCUAUGGGUCGCUCUUGGCACCCAGAAGAAUUCAAUUGUGCUUACUGCAAGACAUCUUUGGCUGAUAUGUGCUUUGUGGAAGAGCAGAACAGCGUGUACUGUGAGCGCUGUUAUGAACAGUUCUUUGCACCAACCUGUGCCAGAUGCCACGCUAAGAUCAUGGGGGAAGUGAUGCAUGCCCUAAGACAGACUUGGCACACCAGUUGCUUUGUCUGUGCUGCAUGUAAGAUGCCAUUUGGGAAUAGCCUCUUUCACAUGGAGGAUGGGGAACCUUACUGUGAGAAAGAUUAUAUUGCUUUGUUCAGCACAAAAUGUCACGGCUGCGAUUUUCCUGUUGAAGCUGGAGAUAAAUUCAUUGAAGCUCUUGGGCACACUUGGCAUGACACCUGCUUCAUUUGUGCUGUAUGCCAUGUGAAUUUGGAGGGUCAGCCGUUCUACUCCAAGAAGGAUAAGCCCCUUUGCAAGAAGCAUGCCCAUGCCAUCAAUGUUUAAAAGAAGAGCUGGUAGUCACUAACACUGGGGAAAAACAGAUCACUAACUGGGCAAUUAUAAAGUUGAUAACCAUGGGUAGCAUUUCUCUUGGUAAAAGCUAGGAGGUUGAUACUUCCGAAAUUUAAUCUCUUUCAUAAAUGCAGAACAUGCUUUUGCAAAGUUCAUACAAAAACCUACUGAAGGAACAGUUAAAAAAAUUACUGGUUCAUUAUUAGAUCAACAGUUGGGGGAAAUAUUGACAUUAACUAAAAACUGUAAUAUAAAAAGCACUGCACAAAUACAGUUUCAAAUUAACUACUCCCAGCAGUUUUACUGCUUAGACCACACACUAGUGUUUAAAAGCAACUGGAAAAGUCCUUUUGUUAUAAGCCAUUUUCUUUCAUAACAAGAAUGAAUAAGUGCCACAUGUACAAUCAUCUGUAGAACCGAAGGCCAUAGCUUUCAAAGGGAAAUAGAUCAGGUUUUCCUUUAUGAAAAGUGAGUGCUAUUCCAUUAUACUGUGGUGCUACCUCAUAGCAUCAAAUAUUUUAGAUUCUUUCCAAAUAAGAAGUCUGCCUUGAAUCCAUAUGUAGCUGGAAAGCCUAGGAGACAGUCCAUAACUUAGUUUGAAAAUAGAGUAGAAACAGAAUUAACUCCUUCCAUAACUCAGUACAGCUGAGAAAAGCAUGCCAGGUCAACCCUGCUACUGCACUUGUCUGAUAACAUGCGCAGUAGAUUAGUUCACUUUCACAUCAUAAUGGAAAAGGACAACUGUUUUUUCUCCUAAUUGCUCUUAUAUUGAAUGGAAGAGAGCUGGCUGGAAAGGCCAGCUUUUAAUUUGAAACCAGUUUUCCUUUGCUCUUGUGGAGAAAAAAAAUAAUUCUAAAUUGCUUUGGUUUCUAAUUCAAAUUGCUAUCAGUGGGAGGCAGGAAUCUACAUCUGGACCUUCUACAUCUGGACCUUCACAUUGACAAACACAGAUAGGAAGUGGGAGAUAGCUUGCAAAAGUUCCCUCCCUACUCUAUCCCACAUAUUUAGGCAAAGGACACCUUUCCCCCCCCCCCAAAUUAACAAUGAUUUAAAAUUCAUAAGGCAGCAUAACACCAGACAGGCACAUACUCUUUAUUACUUUUGUUAGUUUAAAUGCAACGCAUCCUGAAUUGUAGUAGUGUUUGCCAUUGUAGAACAGCAGAUUGGCUCCAGCAAUUAGGAUAACCAUACAGUGAUCUUUUCUAAUAUUUUAAAAACAACUUUCAAGUUGUUCAAACAGUAAUUUAUAUUUUUUUUUUUUUUUUUUUUUUUUGCAAAAGAGCAAAUACCUGUAGUAUUGAUAAUACUUUUGAAUUUAUAUUUUAAAUAUCAAUGACUUAAUGGAAGCAGUGCUGUCUGAUAGAAAAUCAAGUCUAAGUGCAAAGUCUGAUCAUUAUUCAAUUUUUAUUAAUUUCUUCAAGUGAGAAUUAAGAUGUGUAUGUUGACAGCUUGCAGUACUCACAGUUUUGAAUUAGUAUUUCUGAGGCUGAGAAUGCAUUCUGUGGCUCGCAUUCUGGUACCAUCUGCAUCCUAUUUUACCUUGUAUUACAUCACAUAGCAUUGUUUGCCUUUUCCCUCUGAUGGGUAAAGCCCAUUUUAAGAGAAUCGGUGUGUCUUUUCAGGGGUGAAGAACUAUCCAGAGCUGGGGAAGGAAUAAAAGAAAUUCAGAGUUCUAAUAUGAGAGUUAAGUUAGCUGCGGGCAGUCCGCAUCUUGGACAAAAAUAACCAUCUGAACUGCCUGUGGCAGUUUUUGAAGUAUAUGAGCUGUAUUUAUUAGUAGGUAUCUUAGCUCUCGUGGAUCUGAGUGCUACAGGAUCAGAUUUUUGUAUGCAUGAAUUAUUCCAAAACACUAGUACAUUAUAUGCAAGGCCUUUUUUUUUCUAUAGCAAACAAAUUUUCUGUUUUCGGUUGGUGCUGGGCUGGUGUGAAUAUGGUCCCAUUAAUUACAAAAUCCAACUAUCUGGCUCAUAAUAUUCUGACAAGGACUACAUUGUCAUCAUGGAAGUUAAAUAUUUUUUUCACUCAUAUUUGACUUCAUUAAAUACCUUUUCAUAACAAUAAGACAAUUAUAGAUUUCCUUUUAAUUUGUGAAUGGCAUUCAACAUAAUAUUGUUUAUUACUUUGUUAUUUAAGAGAAUUCAUAUCAGAAUAUUACAUACUAAGACUGCAUUGAAGAUACUCUUUAGGCAGAUUUCUGUGUUACCCACUGACUGGGACUAGUCUCUUACUAUUAACAACAAAGCAGGGAGUCAGACUCCUUGGGAGGACACAAAAUGUUAGGGCUUGUGAUGCCUAAGGAGAAUUUCAUGAGGUCUUUUCCCUCUAAUCUGUGUGUGUGUCUUCCUCUCCACCUUCCCUAUCCAUUUCCCUAAAAGCUCCCUUUUCACUGGCAGUGUGAAGAAUAAAGCAUUUUAGGAGAUGAUUAGAGCUGAAGGGCUGCAGCUUAGGCAGGGAUACAGUCUGUGCAGAGAUGGUGGUAGGCAGCACAGCUGGGACUGUCUCUUCUUCACAUUCACAGGGAAGACAAGAUUGUCAGCUGAAGUGGCCCAGGUCAGCCUGUGAGUUGCUGGGGUGCACAGGGGUGUGGGAGACAGGCGUCUCGGAAUGGGCAGAAGGGAGGUUUGGAUUAGAGAAGGGAGAUCCCCAGGGUUGGCCAGAAUGCAGGGCUUCUGGCAGAGUGUGUGUGCCCACUAGUGACGUCGUCGGUUCGUGACAGUGUGAAAAGGUGAGGCAUUGGGAAGGGGGAAGCUGGGGCUGGAGGAGGGAGAAUGGCUAGGUAAGGCCAGUUUCGCUAAGCUGACAUGUUAGAUAGUUUGGGUGGGGUGGAGGGAGGGAGGAAUAGGUAGGAUGGCUCACUACAGUCAGAGAAAGGGCUUGAAGCAAGAAAUGAGGGUACAAGUAGCUCACAAUAGUCCAGAGAGGCAGUAUAACUAUGUAUAAAAGGGGUCAGCAAGGAGAAGGGGUACAGGAUUCAAUCUAGUCAAGCUGAAGUCAGUACUGCAGAAAGGCAGCGCACGUAAGCACAGCAGAGCAAGCUUGCAGAGUGACAACAGUGAGUCCUGAAAAUCUCCUUCCUAAUGGCAGCCAUACUAACUUGAAAGCGUCCUGAAAAUUUCCUUGCAUAGAGAACCUGCACUGUAACACAUGCCCUGACUCCAGAUGGUGUCUGAGCAAGUGAGAUUAAAGCUAGUUUACAUAUCACUAUAUGAGAUACAGUGAUAUCUCUGAAUGAAGAACAGAGAUACCCUGAGGAUUAUCAUGUAAUAAAUUUCCUGUUUUGACUUGUGCUGCUUCAUAAUGUGGUCCAAAAAUAGGGAAUCCACUUACCCACCCUUGAUAUCUAUAUUGAUAUGACUUUUUGCACAUAUCUGAACCAGAAAUUUGUGAAUAACGAGGUAGUAUUUUAACUUUCACAGGGGUAGAAUACCAAAUAACUGCUGAUACUCUUCUGCUACAUGUCACCCUUGUGAUAUAGAAGGGAGAAAGAUGUGCAUAUAUAUAUAUAUAAAAUUCAGAACCAGGCCCUUCAACAAUCACUGAACAUAAACACUGUACCAAAAUAUGCAAGAUGAAUGAUGUAUACUUGUUUAUAUUUUAUGUCUUGUACUAGAUGCCUGGGACAAGUCCUAAGUUACUAUAAAUGUUUCUUUUCAUUCUAAUUAAUGUGGGGUUUUACAUAAUAAAGCAAAGAUACUGUACCUCUGAAUGAUCAAAUAGAAAGACCAGUCUUUUAUCUGAUUAAAAAAGUAUUCAGUAACUUUUUGGUCAAAGGCUUAAAAAAUUAUUUUAAUGCUUUUCCUCUUUUUCGGUUAUUUUUGCAAAACAGGAUAAAUUGUUUCCUAAAAAAGACUUCUUUUCUUAUCUGGAAAAAAAACACUCAUGACUUGUUAUGCAUUUGUAAAAUCAAUACAAAACCAGCAAAAAAUUUUACUUUGGUCCUUCAGGGGUCAGUACUUUGGGUGAGAUGUUAUGUUAAAGAUUAUUUGUAUUUAUGUUUAAUAAUGUGAAUGUCCACAGCACUGAACAGACUCAUUAGUGUCUAAUGCUGGGCACACUAAUUUUUAUUUGCAAUACUUGUCUCCUAGUAGCAGAUACUAAUUUGUUUAGUAUUUAUAGACAUCAGAAUUUCAAACUGAGUGAUUUCUUGCCUGCAGUGACCAUAUUAGAAGUCUAGGUUUUAUAAUAUAUUGACAUGUUGACUUGAUGCCACAAGUGCCCUUGCUUUUAAAUAUGUAUUUUUUCUUAAGUUCUUAGUUAUUUCAGAAACUGAAUGUAGUGUGGUUUAUGAGGUGUGAGUAACUACCUUGCAUAGAUUAUCUGUGCCAACAUGAAUAAAACAGUCUGGUAAUAAAAGGAAUGUGCAAAUACAGUUAAACCUUUAUGAUUUGUGCAUAUUUAUAUGGCAUUUGAACAGCUGACAGCUUUCAGCCAUGUAAUACUGAUAAGAAAGCAUAUACAAGCUUGUACUCUCUACUUCAGACCUGAAAAUAAAAAUUAAAAGCAUUGGUUUUGAA